AAGAAGGCGGAAGCCGCUCUCUUCUUUGAUCAUCAGCUGAUCAACAGCGGCUGCCGCUCUCCAGGCGGUCAGGAGUCGGAACAAGCAGAGAUUCCCGGUCCGGAGGCUCCUUCAGCAGGGGGCGGAGCUCCGGGGAGCGGAGCGGCUGUCAACUGGCAGCGGGGCGGCAGAAGCGGCGCUGAGCGGAGGCUCCGGCGGCGGACUGGACGCGCGACUUUCCGGGGGGAGCGAGUGAGGCAGCGGGGGUUCCCGCCGCGGAGCGCCGACAUGGAGCUGGAGAACAUCGUGGCGAACACCGUGCUGCUGAAAGCCCGCGAAGGAGGCGGCGGGAACAGAAAAGGAAAAAGCAAGAAAUGGAAGCAGAUGCUUCAGUUCCCACAUAUCAGCUUGUGUGAGGAGCUGCGACAGACCAUAGAGAAAGACUACAGCAGCCUCUGCGAGCGCCAGCCAAUCGGACGGCUGCUCUUCCGGCAGUUCUGUGAGACCCGGCCCGAGCUGAGGCGCUGCGUCAAGUUUCUAGACGCCGUGGCCGACUUCGAGGUGACCCCUGAUGAAAAGAGGAAGGAAUGCGGUCAGGAGCUCAUGGACAGAUACUUCAACCCAAAGUCGGAGGAUCACGUGUCCGAGGUGGAGGAGGCCAUGGCGGCGCGGUGUGCAGAGCGGCUGCAGCACGACGCCUGCAAGGAGCUCUUCAAGGACCCCACCAGGCUGAUCCACGACUUCCUGAGCGUGGCGCCGUUCGCAGACUACCUGGACAGCAUGUUCUACAACCGCUUCCUGCAGUGGAAGUGGCUGGAGAGGCAGCCGGUGACGAAGAGAACGUUCAGACAGUACCGAGUCUUAGGAAAAGGAGGCUUUGGAGAGGUGUGCGCCUGUCAGGUACGAGCCACCGGAAAAAUGUACGCCUGCAAGAAGCUGGAGAAGAAGAGGAUCAAGAAGAGGAAGGGAGAGGCCAUGGCGCUCAACGAGAAGCAGAUCCUGGAGAAAGUCAACAGCAGAUUUGUCGUGAGUCUGGCGUACGCCUACGAGACGAAGGACGCGCUGUGCCUGGUGCUGACCCUGAUGAACGGCGGCGACCUGAAGUUCCACAUCUACCACAUGGGGGAGGCGGGGUUUGACGAGACGAGGGCCGUCUUUUACGCGGCGGAGAUCUGCUGUGGCCUGGAGGACCUGCACCGAGAGCGCAUCGUGUACAGAGACCUGAAGCCAGAGAACAUCCUGCUGGAUGACCAAGGACACAUCCGGAUCUCAGAUCUGGGGCUGGCCGUCCACGUUCCUGAAGGAGAAGCCAUCAAAGGCCGCGUGGGAACCGUGGGAUACAUGGCCCCAGAGGUGGUCCAGAACGAGCGGUACACCUUCAGCCCCGACUGGUGGGCGCUGGGCUGCCUGCUGUACGAGAUGAUCGAGGGCCAGUCGCCGUUCCAGCAGAGGAAGAAGAAGAUCAAGAGGGAGGAGGUGGAGCGACUGGUGAAGGAGGUGGAGGAGGAGUACUCCAGCAAGUUCUCCGAGGACGCCAGGUCGCUCUGUAAGAUGCUGCUCGCCAAAGAUCCCACGGAGAGGCUGGGCUGUCAGGGAGGCGGGGCCUCAGAGGUCAAAGCCCAUCCCAUCUUCCACUCCAUCAACUUCAAGCGUCUGGAGGCCGGCAUGCUGGAGGCGCCCUUCAUCCCGGACCCUCAGGCCAUCUACUGUAAGGACGUGCUGGACAUCGAGCAGUUCUCCACCGUCAAAGGGGUGGAGCUAGAGCCCAAGGACGAGUCCUUCUACAGCAAAGUGUCCACGGGCAGCGUGUCCAUCCCCUGGCAGAACGAGAUGAUCGAUACGGAGUGUUUCCUUGAGCUGAACGUCUUCCAUCAGGACGGUGUCGUUCCCCCCGACCUGGACUGGAGGGGCCAACCGUCCCCGCCCCCCAAACAGGGGCUGCUGCAGCGGCUCUUCGGGAGGCAGGAGUGCUGUGGGAACUGCAGCGACAGCGAGGAGGAGCCCACCCGGCUGUGAUGAACUGGCGCUCGCCACCUUUUGUUUACAACUUUUGCACAACUUUUGAUGGUGGUUCCAUCGCUGGACGUCAGGAUGUAGCGCUCCAGCGAAGCCGCCGGUUUUAAACUUAUUUAAGAGUGAAACAGGAACUGCUUUCUGUGGCCGGAUCCCGGUCCGACUCCCUGCUCCGGACCCAGCCCCUGCUGUAAAGUGCCUUGCUGGAGGGCGCAGUGGCAGGACUCCCCCCUCAGUCCUCCACUUGCUGCCUUUUUUUUGCUUUUCUGUUUUUAGAACCUUUUUUGUGAGUUUUGAUGAACUACUGGAGACGAUCCCUCCGUUCAGCUUCAGAGUUUUGGGUCGGGUCUGAGCUGAACCGUUGUGCCUUUCUCUGUGUCCCAGUGGAGCGACCCAGUACCGGUCCGUACAGACCUAUGAGGCUUUAACUGAACCAGAACCAGAACUAAAGCGUGUAAAUAGUCCAGUCUGGUGUCAGAUUCAGACUCCUGACUCCUCUCAGGGUUUCUGCAGGAUCUCAGACUUUGAUCUGACUCUUCGUCCAAAGACACGCCCUCAAACCUCGGGUCUCCUGGACCCGGAGGACCCGAGGCUGACGCUGCUCCGUGGAGAGGUGGGCCGUCCGACACCGGUCCGGAUGUCAAUCUGUGGCCUGAACCCAGAACUCAGCCAGAGCGGUCCUGGCAUGUUUAGUGCAGGGAUCAGAAACUACGCAAAGCGGUGGAGAGUCAGAAACGUACCUGUGACAGGUGACCCGGCCCUCGGCAGGCAGGAGGAUGGACACCUCCUCUUCCAUGUAAGCUGUUGAGAGUUAUCUAAACACCAUGAAAUGUUUCUUAGGAAUGUCUGGAUUCCAACGGUCCGGAAUAGUUUCCUUGGAUUGUAGAAAAUGUUGUUCUUUAAAUGUUUAUCUAUUAAACUCAGCUUUAAAACUCAUCAAAA